UUCCAGAAGAAGUAGCGGAUUUUGAAACUUUCUGUCUGCUACUCUAUCCGGCUAAAUAGCACUUCUGCUAGAGUCCUAAGUUCUGAGGGAAAUAUGGCUUUUUAAUCGUGACUUCCCUCAAAAAAGUGGGACAGCCUUGCAUUUGCAAAAACACCAAAUACUUCUGAAUUAUGGGGCCUUCAAGUUUUCCACCAUCUCUGUCCACUGUGACGCUGUACGGCAAGUACUACACAGUUUGUGCCUUUCAACAUUUAAAUCGAAGUAGAAUCCACGAUGUCGGCAUCGAUCCUUCGCAAGAAAAAUCCUGCGAUUUGCAUGGGCGCCCUCAGCAUCGCUCCUCUCCAACUGGCUGGCCUUAGCCAAUCAGGAUACAGGAAGGGGGCGGAGUUAAGAGAGAGGCAGAACUUAAUUGGUGAUGGUCACACGGAUUGGAUGACAGAGAAAGUUGAUUUGUCCUCAUUUGUUUCAACGACUACCGGGUCAUCUCCUCGCUCAUCCCUCCCGCCCUCGCCGCUCCAACACGAUGUCAAGGUGCCCUCUGAUCUGGAGGUCAUGACCUCUCUACUGCAGGAGGAGCUGGCUCAACUGGAGGACUACUUCCGUUCAGAGUCGUCUUCCGCAACGGCCAAGUUGGACAAAUCUUCAAAAUGUGACAAGGGGGUCCCGGCCAUGGGCACCCAGUCCUACUACCAGCUACCCUACGCCUCCUAUGGGGCCGGUCAGUCAGACGCCAGCCCCGUGGUCGUUACCUUGGCAACAGGGGAAUUGGACCUGGCCAGCUUUUGCAGCAACCCCAUAGGCAGAACCAAAAUAGCACGUCCGGCGCCGUACAACUACCACCACCGGUACCACCACCACCACCACACCAACGGACGGAGGGGCGAGCCGGGGAAGCUGGGCGAGGACGUGGGACUGGACACAUGGGGGUCCAGGGGGGGCUACUCAGGGAGUGCGGACUUGUCUGUGAACCACUAUUCCACGCUCAAGCCGGUGGGUAAGAACAGUGUGGUGGGUGUGAAGAAGGUGAGGGAAUGUGCUUUAUCGCUGAAGGAGGAGGAGAGCUACUGCUUCAGCGAGGGGAUGUUCUGCAGCGAGGAGAUCGCGAGGGGCUUCUGCCACGGGGGCUCCUCGUCCUACGGCGACGGCCACCACAAGAGAGAGCUGGGCCCGUCCAUGUUGGGCUCCAAGGGGAGCGGAGGGUACGAGGGUGGCGGCGGGCUGGAGGUUCUCCACGGCAGCAGGGACGGCCGGCUCUCCGGGGGGCCCCUGGCCCAAGAGACAAUGGGGGUAGCGGGCGACGGCUACUACCACCAAGCCAUGGUCGGCGCAGAGCCUUACCACAGCUUCAUCGGCGACCUGGACCAGCCCUCGCAAGCCUCACACGCCCUGGACUCCCCGCACGGCCACUACCUCUACCCUGAUUGCCUUCCGGACCAAAGCUAUGAAUGUCUCUCCCGAGGGGAGUGUGAGGCACCGCUGGUGGGGGGCUCAGCCCUCCACCGGCCCCACUCCCAGAGGCUGAAGCACGAGGUCUGCUCCGUCAAGCCCCCUCUGGUGUUAGGGGUGGGGUUGGGUGUGGGGGUGGGGGUGGUGCCCCUUGAGGGAGGCACCGGAGAGAGGAAGCAGAAGAAGAGGGACCAGAACAAGACAGCUGCUCACAGGUACAGGCUGCGGAAGCGGGCGGAGCUGGACUCCCUGGAGGAGGAGCUCCACGGACUGGAGGGCCAGAACCGGGAGCUGCGGGACAAGGCCGAGUCGGUGGAGCGGGAGAUCCAGUACGUCAAGGACCUGCUGAUCGAGGUGUACAAGGCACGCAGCCAGCGCCUCAAACAGGACAGCACCUGA